GCUCAGGGGACACGAAAGGUGCUGCGUGACUUCUGCACGAAGUUCCAUGAGCCUCCCAGAUCCUACGCUGGACCCCCGCCAGAAUUCGACGAGAACCUCUACGACAUGCUGCGGCAACGCAUCGAAAUCAUCUUGACGGACGCUGCUUCUAAUGAGAUUGGGGCAUCCAACGUGAACCGCGGGCGCCGAGACCCUCGCAUCGAGGCGGACGACGCUGACAUCUUGCUGCCAGGUUUGAAGCUGGUCGCGCGUGACCACGCCCACGCCUUCCGCCGUGUGCUGAAGCGACCUUUCCAUUGCAGCAGUUACUUGGGCACCCUGAUGGCGGAGCAUGUUUUGGGAAAGAAGUCGAUUGUGCAAGUGAUCGACAGGUCCUUUGUCUUCAGGCAAUGGUUUCAGGAGGAGGUUGAGAAGCAUCACGGGACCAUCAGCAACUUGAAAUCAGCGACUUGCAAACAUGUGAAACAAUGGCUGGAUGAUUUCAGCAGCGAAGCGGUCCUUGCCCUGGCAAUGGUAGCAGACGCUUCAGACGAAUCGCUGCUUCUGAUUCGCCAAGUGGACGACGAAGCGGUGGACAGCUCAGAGCUUGGGAACUACGUGCAGGGCUUCGCGGACCGCAUUCAAGCCCUUUUUGCUCAGCGGCAGGCGCUGACAACAGUUGGAUACACCAAGCUUGCCAUGGACAUGCUGUCCAAAGGCGAACUUGCGUUUUUCUCUUGUGGGCAGGCUCGGCGGCUGCAGCCUUGCGACGGGGACACGGUGGAAAGAUGCCUGGAUCGCAUGGUCGCUUGGUCCCGCUUAGCCUUGGAAGUUCUUCAAACUGAGUUUCCGCACUACUCCGUCUUCAGCGCCUUCGGGGUGUUUUCCUUGAAGUCUGUGACCAAGCAGCAAACCGCUUUCCAGAGCGCCGGGGAUGACAGCUGCAACAGGUUGGCCAAGUUCUUCAAUGUCAGCCCUGGCGGCUUCCAGGAGCAGCUGCAGCGUUUGAGGCCCUUGGCUGAGAAGCGCUACAGGGAGACCAACACGACGUGCAAGGAUGCGUGGAUGCACACAAUGGCAGCGACGCAGCGGCGGCAGUCAUUGAAGGAGUCCUAUCCAGCAGAUGACCUGGCCAUCGUCGUGCGCCGGUAUCUGGCUUGGCAAGCAUCGUCCAGCGGCGUGGAGCAGAACUUUGCAAAGGGCGAGCGGAACAACGCCACUGGCCAUUCCCAAGCAUCCGCGUCGUACGAUGCAAGGGCCAUGAAGAUAUUGUUGGCGCCACUAAGCCCCCCGGAUUUCAAGGUCAUUGUCACGAACGCGGCGGAACUCUAUGCAACUUGCCGCUCCGGCGCAAGCCGCAAGCGGACGCAGGAGCGGAUUGACAAGAAUGUGAAGCGCGCCAAGCAGGAGGGGACAGAAGCAGCGUUUAUCAGAUCCAGGCGGGACAGUGUUGCAAACGCAACAUCCUCUUUGAACAUGGCCGACCUGGCCUUCGACAUGGACGAGCACCCGGCCACAAAUGACAAAGUGUCUGAGUACUGGACUGAGAGUUACGAGGUUGAGUACCAGUUCCAAAAGUCAAAGCAAACACAUUACAAGGUGGACGGCGUCCUGGACGGCCUCAUUGAUCAAAAUGCAGUGGACCAAGAAACUAUGGAGACAGCAGCCAAAGCUGAGCGCGACGCGGACAAGGGGCAUAUCAGAGACAGGCUCUCCAAGGACGCUUUGCAGAUGCGGCUUAACGGCUCCAUGGAUUGGGAAAAGAUUCAAGGCAGCAAGGCUUGGCUGGACCCCGCCAUCUCUGUUGCAGACUUGCAAGUGGCAAUGAGCGCCCGAAAUUUGGUCAAAACCACGGAGCGAUUGGAGGCAGACAUUUUCAUUGUCAACGACGCUGGCAAUUUGCCGGAGAGGGUGAAAUUGAUGGCUGCCUUGCUUGGUCGGCAGAUCAUGGAUGUCUGCCUCCUGGAAGGCAAGAAAGGGAUCCUUCUGAAGUUUCAGCCUGCCUCGCAGACGCGGCGUCAGAAGGUCUUCUUUUCCACAAAGUUCCGUGAGAGCCACGCCCAAUUCAUUAAGCCGAUCAAGGACAUUGUGAACCGUCCCGGAAGUAAAUGGAAGCUCGCAGCCGUUCGGGCAGACGCAACCAUGAUCUUGGCAACCUCGGCUGAAGUUGGACGAGCUGCUGUUCUCAGUGGAAAUUCGCAGGGUUAUCUCAGCAAGGCGAGUUUUCUGGAAAACAUUUCCAGGCUUGACUUGCGCGCUUCGGGUUUUUACACGCCAUAG